AUGCCUCGCGACCCGCUGAUCGGCCUCGUGGGCAAGCCGUCGUCCGGCAAGUCGACAACUCUAAACAGUUUGACAGAUGCUACCUCCAAAGUCGGUCCAUUCACGACUAUCGAUCCCCAGCGCGCCAUUGGCUACCUCCAAAUCGAAUGCCCCUGCGCGCGCCUCAACCUUGCCGACCGCUGCAAGCCCAACUAUGGUGGCUGCGUCCAAGGACGGCGAUCCGUCCCUAUAGAACUUCUUGAUGUCGCCGGUCUUGUUCCAGGCGCACAUAUGGGAAAAGGUCUCGGGAACAGGUUUUUGGACGACUUGCGACACGCAGAUGCGCUGGUACACGUAGUUGAUGUAAGCGGGACAACCGACGCAGAGGGCAAGGCGACAAGAGGCUACGAUCCAAGUCAGGAUAUUGUUUGGCUGAGGAGUGAGAUUGUGAGAUGGAUACAAGGCAACCUCAUGGAGAAGUGGGGCAGCAUCAAGAGGAGGCAUGUCGCUAUCAAAGCUACGGCGGUCGAGACACUACAGAACCAAUUCUCGGGGUACGGGUCAACGUCCAGUGUCGUCGCGCGCUGCCUCGAUCGUCUUGCCCUCAAGGAACCACUACAAGACUGGUCUGACGAGACCAUCGAACGAGUGGUAAACGCCUUCACCGACGAGAAAUUUCCUACCGUUAUCGCCCUCAACAAGAUUGAUCAUCCCGAUGCCGACAAGAACAUAGCCAAGAUUGCGAAAACCGCAGACCCGAAGAGUAUAGUGCUGUGCAGUGCCAUAUCCGAAGUAUUCCUAAGGAAGCUGGCAAAACAAGGCUUUAUCAAAUACACAGAAGGCAGUGAGUUCGUCGACACAAGAGAAGACUUGAUCGAGCAGGGCGACCCUGAUGGAGGCGGACUGAAAGAGCUGGACGAGAAGCUCACGACACGUAUUGAGAACCUGAAAGAUAUGGUUCUUUACCGAUUCGGUAGUACAGGCGUCGUACAAGUCCUGUCUCGGGCAGCUGAACUCCUUGGUCUAGUUCCAGUCUUCCCAGUUCGGAAUAUACAUACGUAUACUAGCGGAAGUGCGAGCUCAACGGCUGUAUUCAGGGAUUGUGUACUUGUUAAGAAGGGAAGCACGGUGGGUGAUGUGUACCGGAAGGUCAUGGGUGAUGCACCCAUGGCAUAUGUGGAAACCGAGGGCGGGAGAAGAGUUGCAGAAGACGAUGUUGUUGCUGUAGGAAAGAACGAUAUUUUGAGCUUCAAGGUUGGAAGAGCAUAAUACAGCCUUGGUGUUAAAAAUAAACCUUAGACAAUACUGAACUCGAAUACCACAACUCUCAACGCAGCUUGCCAGAAUUCAUGGCAUCCUAGCUGAACAACGUGGGAUUCGAAACUUCAGCAAACACUUCAGGGACUUACUAUCGAUCUUUCGAUUGCAUUAUUGAACGUGUUCGUAUCCUUGCAGAGCCAUGAAAGCCAAUAAAUUCACUCCUCAUCUUCCCGCUCUAACGCAUACAACUCCUUUGGCCUUCCUCCACCAUCACAACUAGAGAAUUUCCACCACGUCCAGUGGACACUACCGGCUACAUUGAC